AUGGGUUUCUUCAGCAGAAAGAAACUCGAUGUCGAUCCUCCCAUCCAGGAGAAACUCAGCACGAACACCACACCCGCCGAAACUCCUGCCGCUCAUACACCAGAGAAUCGUUCUAUCAACAACGUUCCUCACACAGACGCCAUCGGCAAUGUCAUUCCUACCGAAGAAGCUUUCAAAGAACUACCCGUGACAUGGCUUGCUAUCCUACUCGGUUCCAUCGCGUCCAUCGGCGGCUUCAUGUUCGGCUACGAGUCAGGCCAAAUCUCAGGCUUUCUCGCGAUGACCGAUUUCCUAGACCGUUUCGGUGAAAAUGGAGAGUUCUCAUCUGCCAGACAAGGAACGAUCGUUGGUCUUCUCUGUAUCGGUACACUUAUGGGCUGCCUCGUCAGUGGCUGGCUCUGCGAUAGGAUUGGUAGACGAUACACCAUCUCUUCCUCGGCUUUCUUCUAUAUCAUUGGCGUUGUCAUCGAGAUCACGAGUGACACACAAUGGGUUCAAUUCGCUAUGGGACGUUUCACCGCAGGUUUGGGUAUUGGUGCUCUGAGCACUAGUGUUCCGAUGUAUCAGUCUGAGAGUGUGCCGAAGAACAUUAGAGGUGCUACUGUCAGCUCCUACCAAUUGCUCAUCACUAUGGGAAUCUGGACAGCGUAUAUGGUCAACUUUGGCACCGAAGGCGCCUUCGAUAACUCCGCUCAAUGGAGAAUUCCCAACGGUCUUUCUGCUCUCUGGGCUAUCAUCCUCGGUACUGCUAUCCUCGCCAUGCCCGAAUCUCCUCGCUUCGCAUACCGCAUGGGACGUGAGGAGGAAGCUCGCAAGACUAUGGGUCGUCUCAGUGGCAUUGAUCCUUACUCACCACUUAUUGAUCACGAGAUUGCUGAGAUUGAAGAGAAGCUCCAAGCUGAGCGGGCUGGUGGUGAUCAUCCGCUUUCUGAGAUCUUUACUGGUCCUCGUAUGCUGUACCGCACACUUCUUGGCAUGAUUCUUCAAGCUGGUCAACAACUUACAGGUGCCAAUUUCUUUUUCUACUAUGGAACCACCAUCUUCAGAUCUACAGGAAUCAGCAACUCUUAUGUCACCUCAAUCAUCCUUGGCUCAGUCAAUGUUGGUGCUACUAUUGGUGGAUUAUGGAUUGUUAAGAACUGUGGCCGUCGUAAGAGCUUGAUGGCUGGUGCCGCUGCCAUGUUCGCCUGUUUCAUGAUCUACGCUUUCGUCGGCCACUUUGCUCUCGAUGCCGAAAAUCCAAUGUCCACCCCAACCGAAGGCAAGGUCCUCAUUGUAUUCACCUGUCUCUUCAUUGUUGCAUUUGCCACAACCUGGGGGCCGCUCGUCUGGGCCGUCGUCGGAGAACUCUACCCAGCCCGUUAUCGCGCACCAUGCAUGGCUCUCGCAACCGCUUCCAACUGGCUCUUCAACUUCCUGAUCUCAUUCUUCACACCUUUCAUCACCGCGAAGAUCGACUACUUCUACGGACUCGUCUUCGGCGUCUGCUGUUUCUGUCUCUUCUGGAUCGUCUACUUCUUCAUGAUCGAGACCAAAGAUCGCAGUCUCGAGGAGAUCGAUACAAUGUAUGUUCUUCACGUCAACCCCAUCACGUCCGCGUCUUGGGAUCCUAGAGAACUUGGUCAUGAUGGAUUGAAUGGUGUGGGCACUGAUGGCAUGCAUCUGAAGGCUGGUGGGAAGGAUUUCAAGAAGACGGAGACGGGUGGUGAUGGGCUUAUGGUUCAUGAUGAGACGCGUUUCCCGACAAAUGCUGCGGUGCCUGUUAGCACUACUGUUUGA